UCAUCCGAUCUAUGAAUAGUCGUCGACUCGCAUCGCCGAUGGUCGAUCCCAGGCCGGCGCGGGUGCGCAGCAGCUCGAAAGAGAGGCUUGAAGGCGUAUAUCCGACGACAACGCAGCGGCGCAAGCACAAGCCGCCGGUCAACGUGGCCGAGAUCCGCCGCAAAGCGGCUCUCUACAACGUCGGGUCAGCGGCGCAGUGCCCCACAACGCGCCGCCGCAAGGCGUCGCAGGCACCACCGCCGAGUCCGCAGCCCAUUGGGGGUCGACCACCGAUGGCGGCAGUGGGCUUUGUCCAUGACCUCUACUCGACCGUGCCGUCGCCGCGCAAGCCAAGCAACAACAACAACCACAAGCAUGGUAGUGGCGACAGUGACGCGAUGCACCCUGUUGGGUGGCGCCUCGGUCAUAGCAACUCGGCGUCGUCGUUCAAACUGGCAGGCGCAGGAACGGACGGGCUCUUGGCGCCGAGCGACGGCUCUCGCCAAGUGCUCGCGGUGCAUGGUCUCACGGACGAGUUCAAGUCGCUGCUGUUGGCGUAUCCGCCGCGGAAGGCGCUGGACGUGGCCGCCGAGCUCGCCAACCCCAGAGAGUGGAAGAAGCGCAUCGAAGGCCGGCCGAACGUCGGUCAUCACAACAUCGACUUGCCCCGGGCGUGGCAUGAGGAGCCGCACGAGGAAGACGCGGACACAAAACCGGCGUGGGUACCACCCGCGUCGCCGCCCAAGCCCCACCUCUUCCAGAACGACAUGGCGACGUCCAACCAAGGGCCACGUCCAGCGACGCCCCCACCAAUCAAUGCGAUUCCGCUUCGGACACCGGACGUGUUUCCGGGUGUCCAGCCGUAUACGCUGCCGGUGCAGACGACGCAAAGUCUGCUGCAGCCGGCGCAGGACGCAGAGCGCGUCUACUUGAAUUUGGAAGCCGCACACAAUGCACACAAGAACCCGGGCCGAAUGUACACUUUGCCCAUCGCAAAACCGGGCCGGGCGUGUCGCUUGGGGCUAGAGACAUUGCACUCGAACGUCUCGUCGACGCUGGAGAAACGCAAGCUCCGGCCCAAGUCAGCACUCCACGCGGUGCAAAAGGCCGCGCCCAUGGUCACAGUCGCCGGUGCCAAAAUACGACCCAAGACGGCGCGGCUGUCGUUUCUGCGGUCGGCGACCGUCUAUUGCAUGGACGCGGCCGAGCGCAACACCGUCGAAGAAUACUCGGAAAAGCUGCAGUUUGAGCGCGAGAAGCGGCGCAGCGUCGUGGGCCAGAAGAACGCGGCGCUCGGCCGGAACAAGACGAUCGUGCACCGCUCGAUCGAAUUCAUCUUCAACUGUCUGCGCAACCAAGCCUACGCCAACGUCCCAGGGCAUCUCCGACAACUGUACGAGACGCUCGACCUCGACGACUAUAUGAGGCUCGUGCAGUCGGCAGCGACGGACCGCCGCGGCCGCCGCAUGCUGCUCCAAGCGCAAAAGAGCUCGUACGAUGCAGGCUUUGACGCUGAGACGCUGCCGCUCCUGUGGCUGGACCGCAAGCAAUUCACGAUCGCACUGCAGCAGCUCAAGUUUUCGACGGCCGACAUCAACCUCAUCUUUAACGCGUUCGACUUUGACCUCGAGCACAAAGUCGAGGUGGGCGAGGUCUGUCGUGAGAUUCGGACGCUCCAGCUCGCCAAGCAAAAGGAGAUCAUGCCCCACUUGCUCCUUAGCGGCGACAAGUCGCGUCUCCGAGAGUCUUUCUGAUGAAUACACGUUCGCAUCCUCAA